AUGUCCUACUUCCGCAUCACCUUGAUCAGAUCUGCCAUCGGCCUCCCGGCAAAAUCAGGCAACGUGCUCAAAGCGCUCGGUCUACGCAAACGCAUGGCAACCGUAUUCCAUCCCGUCACCCCCGCAGUCGCUGGCCAAAUCAUGAAAGUAAAAGAGCUGGUUGCCGUAUCGGAAGUGGAUGAACCUUUGACAAAACAAGAAAUACACCAGGAACGAGUACCGGAUCCAGGCUUCUACGUUGAGUCAAAAGCGCAGGAUCUUAGCAAAUAG